ACUAGAGCAUGAGCAGUCAUGGUGCCAAGACUGAAGGUCCUUCUGUUCCUCACCCUGCAUCUCCUGCAGGCCGUCAAAGGCUCCAUGGUCCAUCUCAACAACAAUGGAUAUGAGGGUGUGGUCAUUGCAAUUAACCCCAGUGUGCCAGAGGAUGAAAGGCUUAUCCCAAGCAUAAAGGAAAUGGUAACUCAAGCCUCCACCUACCUGUUUGAAGCCAGCCAACGAAGAUUUUAUUUCAGGAACAUAAGCAUUCUAGUCCCGAUGACCUGGAAGUCAAAAUCUGAGUACUUACUACCAAAACGAGAGUCAUAUGACAAAGCAGACGUCAUAGUUGCUGAUCCUUAUCUGAAAUAUGGAGAUGAUCCCUACACCCUUCAAUACGGACAGUGUGGGGACAAAGGACAGUACAUACAUUUCACUCCAAACUUCCUACUCACUGAUAACUUGCGGAUCUACGGACCCCGAGGCAGAGUCUUUGUCCAUGAGUGGGCCCAUCUCCGGUGGGGAGUAUUUGAUGAGUAUAACAUGGACCGGCCUUUCUACAUGUCUGAAAAGAACGUUGUCGAAGCAACAAGGUGUUCCACCGGCAUCACUGGCACCAAUGUGGUCCACAAGUGUCAAGGUGGCAGCUGUGUGACAAGGGCGUGCCGGCGUGACUCGAAGACAGGGUUGUAUGAAACCAAAUGUACAUUUAUCCCAGACAAACUUCAGACUGCCGGGGCCUCCAUCAUGUUCAUGCAAAAUCUCAAUUCUGUGGUUGAAUUUUGCACAGAAAAAAAACACAAUACAGAAGCCCCAAACCUACAAAACAAAAUGUGCAGUCACAGAAGCACGUGGGACAUAAUCAAGGAGUCUGCUGACUUUCAGAAUGCCCCGCCCAGGACAGGAACGGAAGCCCCUCCUCCACCUACAUUUUCAUUGCUGCAGUCCAGACAGCGAGUGGUCUGCUUGGUGCUGGAUAAAUCCGGAAGCAUGGACUCAGUAAGACACUAUAUGCUGGAUGUCUUAAAUUGAGUAUUUAAGCUAAAUAUAGAACUACGAUUAAUUCUAAGGUUUAGUACGAGUGAACAUAUACAUCUAUAUAUUCAUAAUCAAAUAUAUGUGUGUAUAUGUAUAUAUAUUCAUGAUCAGAAAAAUAUCUACCCAACAAUUUUAUGUAAAUAAAUACUUAGAAUAAAUUUUAAAAAA